UGAAAAUAUUGUUGUUGAUGAUGUGAACUAUGACUCUGUGACUUUAUCAUGGAAAGAACCAAGGAAUGCUUCAGUGACCAGCUAUCUUUUAGAAAUUAAGCAUAUAGAAAGAAAAUUCUGGAAAAAGGAAGCUCGAUUGCCUCCUUAUAUGCUUCACUAUCAGCUGAAGAAUUUAUCUGAUGAUGAUAUACUUUUAGUUCGAGUAUCAGCAUCAAAUCAGUAUGGUACCAGUGAACCUUGUACUCUCACCUCACCCAUACAUAUUAAAUUUCGCACGAGAGUUCCACUUGCUCCUUCAAAAUGCCCUGAAGUAAUUAGGUUUGGAGAAAGCUCAAUUAAAAUGUCAUGGGAUGUUCCAUUGGAUGAUGGUGGAUUUUCGAUCAUUGGUUAUCAAAUAGAGAAAACUGAAAGGGCAGGCAACUUCUGGACAAUAGUAAAUGAAGUUCCAGUGACAGAUACCAAAUAUAUCGUUGAGAACUUGCAAGAGAACUCAACCUAUCACUUUCGAGUAAGGGCUAUUAAUUCUGUAGGAUUAAGUGACCCUUCACCAUCAACGCUUUUGAUACUUUUCAAGAUAAAAGAAGUCAGUGAGCCACCUUAUUUCAAGGAUGAAAUCCAAGACAUUUGUGUGGAAUGGGGAAAAUCAGCUGAGUUUUCUUGUGAAGUGGUUGGUAUUCCUACUCCAAAUAUAACAUGGUACAAGAGCUGUUGUCAAAUCUUCAAUGGGCGCAAACAUAAGAUUGACACUGUUGGAAAUGAACAAUUGUUGACCAUAAACAAUGUGGAUUAUGAUGAUUCUGGAGAUAUAGAAUGCCGAGCAAAGAACAAAGUGGGAUCUGCUUGUAGCAAAGGAAAAUUAGAUGUUUAUGCCCCUGCCAAAGUCAAACUCUCUGAUUAUUACAAGAAAGGACUAAGAUAUUUUGAAGGAGACACAAUGAAAAUUAGCAUCCAAUUCUUUGGUAAACCUCGGCCUGUUAUUCUUUGGUCUAAAGAUGGCAAAACAAUCAAGAACAAUCGGCAUACUUGUAUUAGAAAUCUAGAAAAAUAUACAACUCUCGUGGUACAAAAAGUUUCGAAAGCUGAUGCCGGGGUUUAUCAUUUAUAUGUCAAUAAUCUUCAUGGAAAUGAUUCUGUUGAUAUUCCUAUCACAAUUAUUGGAAAACCAAAAACUCCUGGGAAACCAACUGUUACUAAUGUAACAAACCAUUCAAUUGAGAUUUGCUGGCCAGAAUCAACCAUUGAAACUUCGACUAAUGGCUAUAUUAUAGAGAAAUGUGACUUAGUAACAGGAAUAUGGAGGUAUGCAAUGUCAACAAAUACUUGUCAGGCAACAAUAAAUUAUUCUGAAAGAAAUAAGAAAUACAAAUUUCGUGUCCGUGCUGAAAAUGCAUUGGGUGUUAGUGAACCAAGCAAACAUUGUGAAAUUCUUAUUAAGGAAGAAGUUAAGGAAAAAACCAGCUCUGACGAAUUAUAUGAUUCAAAUAAGGAAGAUAAAUCACUCGACACUGAUAGAAUCAUAGGUGGUGUCCUCAGUAAAUAUAUUAUUUACGAAGAAUUGGGUCGCGGUGCCUUUGGAGUUGUGCAUCGAGCAGUUGAGAGAGCUACUGGUAAAGUUUGGGCAGCAAAAUUCAUAAAGUGUAGGCCACAUGAGAAAGAAGCCGUUGAACAUGAGAUUUAUAUCAUGAAUUGCUUGCAUCAUCGCAAACUUUUGCAGCUUCAUGAAGCUUUUGAGCAACCUGGAGAGAUUGUCAUGAUUCUUGAAUUCCUCAGUGGCGGAGAACUCUUUGAUCGCCUAAUCUCAAAUGACUACACAUUCACAGAAGAAGACUGCAUUAGUUACAUGCGUCAGAUCUGCCAAGGAGUCCAACACAUGCAUCACAAAAAUAUUAUUCAUCUUGAUUUAAAACCAGAGAACGUCAUGUGUGUCACCAAAGACAGCACUGGCAUCAAACUGAUUGACUUUGGUUUGGCUCAGAAAAUUGAAGAUGGAAAAUCAAUUAAGGUGCUUUUUGGCACAGCUGAAUUUUGUUCUCCAGAGAUCAUUAACUUUGAACCAGUUUCUUUCAGCAGUGAUAUGUGGUCCCUGGGUGUCGUUGCCUAUGUGCUGUUAAGUGGUUACUCUCCUUUUGCUGGUGAUGACGACCAAGAAACAUUUGCCUACAUUAACAAUAUAGAUUAUGAUUUUGAUGAUGAAGCCUGGGAAAAUGUAUCUGAAAUAGCCAAAGAUUUUAUAGCAAAUCUACUUGUCAAAGACAAAAGAGAGCGAAUGACUAUUGAUGAAGCUUUAAAUCACCCUUGGCUAAAUCCCCAGAAAAAAUUAGCCCCGGGUCAAAUGGAUAGUGGAUAUGAACAAAUUACAAAGAAAACUGAACUACCAACAGAAAAUCACAAAGAAUACUUAGAAAGAACCAGAAAUAAGGACAAAGAUUUUGAUCUUCUUCCCAUUGGAUGUCUUGCACAUGAAAGUGCCAUCUUCAGGCGUGAGGGUGACUUUGGUGUUUUGCCAAGAGAAUUAGUUAUGGAAAUGCCAGAAUGUGCUCCAGAGAUUGUAGAACCAUUGGUGAAUAUGUGCAGCUAUGAAGAUUCUUCUGUUCAUCUAAAGUGUAUUAUUACUGGUAAACCAGAGCCAUCAACCACUUGGUAA